AAUCGGAGUUUCCCUCAAAAAAAUAUCUGCAUACAGCUCGUUUCUUGUUUGCACAGUGUCAUUUAGGUUAAGCCACCACCAAAGCAGCGAAUAUGAAAGCUAGAGAUAUGGAUGCAGUGGAGAUUGUUGAUGUGGAUGACGAGGAGGAAGAGGAGAAGGACUGUGAGGACUGGUGCUUCGUCUGUAAAGAUGGUGGAAGCUUAAUGCUCUGUGACUACAAGGACUGUCCAAAAGUGUAUCAUGCUUGUUGCGUUGAAAAGAAUAUCUCAGUACAGAACAAUGAAGAAUCUUUGAUCUGUAUGUGGCACAGUUGCUACUUGUGUAACAAGAAACCAAAGCUGUUCUGUCUCUGUUGCCCACAUGCUGUAUGUCAAGGCUGUGUUACUCAUGCUGAGUUUAUUCACCUUAAAGAAAACAAAGGCUUGUGCAGUCAUUGCCAAGAGUAUGUCAUUACUUUAGAAGAGAUUCAAGAAUAUGAUGCUACUGGGGAUAAGAUUGACUUAACAGACAGGGAUACAUUUGAGUGUCUGUUUCUUGAGUACUGGGAGAUAAUAAAGAAUCAAGAAGGGGUGACUUUUGAUGAUGUCAUUGCUUCAAAGUCACGGAAGAAAGCUGCUAAGGCUAAGUCAAGGUACAAAGAUGAUCCCAAGUUUGAGCUUCAUCAUGUCAACUCUUCAAAGUCACCAAAGAAAGGCAUCAAGAUCAAGGAUGAUGAUGAUGAUGGUCCAGAGUUUUCUUUAACUAAUUAUGGGGUUGAUGUUGUAGAAGAUUAUAAGACAACACUCAAACCAAAGAGAAUGGAGUUUAUAGGAUGGGGUUCCAAGCCGCUCAUUGAAUUCCUGACAUCCAUAGGGGAAGACACAAGAGAGGAGAUGUCUCAACACACUGUGGAUUCAGUUAUCAGAAGGUACAUUCGUCAGAAAAACCUGCUUGAUGAUGAAAAGAAGAAUAAGAAGAAAGUUCGGUGUGAUGAGAAGCUGUUCUCUAUCUUCAGGAAGAAGUAUGUGAAUCAAAGGAGGAUUUACUCACUUUUAAAUGCUCAUUUUAAAGAGAACGCUGAUCAGUUAGAGUAUAUCUCACUCUUGGAACGUGGCUUUGGUGAGAAGAAUGAGAAUGUUUCAGUGCCUUGCAAGAAGCAGAAAACAGACAUGUCUGAUGAGGAAACUUGUGAGGAGGAAGUGAAGCCUGAGAUGAGACCAACCGGUUUAGCUAUGAUCAGUGCAGAUAAUAUAAAGCUUGUUUAUCUACGCAAGAGCUUGGUCUUAGAGCUGCUGAAGAAGAGUAAGAGUUUUAGGAACAAAGUGGUGGGAAGCUUUGUGAAAGUGAGGAAUGAUCCUAGGGAUCCUAUAGCGUUCCAGAUCUUGCAGGUUACAGACAUUAAAAGUGCUGAUGACAAGGGCAUGUUUCUCUAUCUUGCUGGUAUAGCAAGUGAUGUUAGCAUUUCUAGGUUGGAUGAUUCUGACAUAACCAAGGAAGAGAUUGAUGAUUUGAAGCAGAAAGUGAUGAGUGGCCUUUUAAGACAACCAACUCUUGUUGAGAUGGAGCAGAAGGCUAAGGCUCUCCAUGAGGAUAUAACAAAACAUUGGAUAACAAGGCAGCUUAUCAUUCUUCAAAAACGCAUCAACUGUGCCAAUGAGAAAGGAUGGAGAAAAGAAUUAGAGGAGUACUUAGAGGAGAGAGAGCUUCUCCAAAAGCCUUCAGAGCAGGAGAGAUUGUUGAGACAAACUCCAAAGAUCAUUGAAGAACUCAUCGAGAUUGAACAAGAACCACCAGCUGCUUCCUCAGAUAGCAGAAAACAAGGGAAUAUCAGUGGUCUGUCUCAGGAAGUGGUCAUGAUAGAUAUUGACUGAGAAGCCAAAGAUUCAGCAGCAUCCUCAAGAGGAAGAAGAUUGUUUUUUCUUGUACAUUUGUCUUCUCUUCCAUUAGAACUUAAAAAAAUAUCGGCUAAUUCCUAAUGGCUCUUCUUUUGGUACUGAUAAGCUUCUGCAGAAGCAAGAAGCUAAUAACUUACUGAGCUACUUAUGUCUUGUAAUGAUGGUCUCAUAUAUGUAAUGCUCUAGUGACAUGGCAUGCUUUAUGUUUCA